AUGUGCGCGCUCCCGUCUCCACGUGCACAGCGCCCCCCUGCGUGCACCCGCACUAGUAAAAACAGCUGUGCUUUACUGGCUUCAAGGUGUAGUGGAUUCUGCUCCAAUGACUUUGGCAGAUUACUGUCAUCAAACCUUAAGAUCCUGAGAAACAUCAUCCUUAAAGAUGAUACAGAAUUCGUCAAAGUUUGGAGCAAGACUUCCAAGUCCCUCAUCUCUUAUGAAAGUGGCCGGAUAUACUUUGAUAAUUACAGGUGUUGUUACAGCAGCCUUUUGCCAGAGCCAGAACUGCUGUAUGAACUCCCCAAAACUCCCAAAACAGAGAAGAUUGAAGACGCGUUAUUGUGCCAGUGUCCUCUGGAAAAUGUGCUGCCUAAUGCUUCAGAGCAGAAAUCAUGUCUGUUGACUCUGACGGCUCAUAACUGGUUAUAUCGGCUGUCAGCGGACACGGGAGAAACACUGCAGCGGGUCUACCUCUCCUCUCGUUUCAAGUUCAGAUCGUUAGGGUGGGACUCUUCACAGGAAACAUUUUACGUCAGAUCCAUUCAAUGCAAACAGACGGCUCUAGAACGACAGGCUGGUGUUGAUAAUAACAUCCUCAUGCACGUGGCUGUAUUUCAAGUCUUUCCACUGCAGCUUGUUGGAAUGCUGGAGAUAAAUAAAAAGGUGUUUGGUAAGACUGCAGUGGAUGUGCUGCUGUCACAGGGAGUGUUAGCUGUAUCACACAGCUCAAAACUCGUCCGGCUUUACAGUUUUGAGUACAUUGUUAACAAGUUUAGAACCGAGGAGCUGAUUCUGGGACAGCAGUGUGAGCUGAAUGAUGCAAAGGGAAUCGUGGGAGAAGCUCCUUACGGUGUUCCGGUCAACAUUUACAUUCAUGAGUGUCCUCCAGUCUUGUUUGAGAUGUCAUACUUUGAGAAUGGGGUUCAGAUCGGAGGGCAUCCUUGGCACUACAUCUACACCCCCAAUCAUAAGAGACACAGAGGAACCCACCAUGUCUGCUCCAUCACAGAUGGAGCUCUGGCAAAAAACGGCGUCCAGGACAUGAAAUGUGACUCUCUUGAAGCGGACUGGAUCUUUUUUCACCCAGAUGACUCCGGUCGAAUCAUUCAUGCCGGGCCCAGCUCAAUAAACAUUCUGAAGAUCAUGGCGGAAACAGGAUGUGACUGGAAGUAUGAGAUCAUCACAGAUUUCUCCAUCACUGCUGCUCGUGACAGUAAUCAGGCCUCUCAGGUGAUUGUGACCUCUUCUGGUCGUAUGGUGAAAAGGAGAUUUCAGAUGUUAGACGAUGACCCUGCCCAAGAGACGUUCAGAAUGGUGAAGUAUGAAGAUGAGCUUGAUCUGCUGGCUGUGGUGGACAUCACACACGCUGAAGAUGAAGGACAGGCUCGUCUUCGCCUGCAUGACAAUAAAACGGGCACUUUAAUGAAGAGAGUUCCUCUGGAAGAGCCCUGGGAUGUGACCUACAGUCAUGAGGUGUACUUUGACAGAGACACCAUUAUUCACACUGUCCAGGAGAAGAACAACAGCUUCUGCUGCCAUGUUUACAAAAUGAAGAGACCACCUUCAGACCAACCAUAAGCAUGUUUCAUAUUAUGUAGACAAAACAACGUAAUAAAAGAUGUCUGUUACUGUAUUAUCAUGUAUAUAUUCUCCUGUGUCAAUGUUUGACAACCGAG